AUAAAACACCCAAAUCAAGAAUUAAAUUUAUUUUGGCUCUGGCACAAGACACUUCGUCUUCAUUGACGAAGGUCGAAAAGUAAUUAAAAGUGUUUCAUAAAUUCAUUGUUUCUCUUAAUCAUCAUCAUUAUUCAUCAGUAAUUCAAGAUUUGUUUUAAAAAUGGCGUCACAACAAGCGUUCAUUGCUAAGGCGGAGAAUCGUAAAUUUUUUCAAAACUUAUGGCGCACUGAUCUUAUGAGCACCAUUAAAGCCGAUCCAAAAUAUUGGUGUUUCGCGCUUUGGUGUGGACCAUGUUCAUCCUAUGUGCUAAGGAAACGAGCUCUAUAUGGUGAUAUGACAAGGUAUAAGUGCUGUGCUGGUUAUAUGCCUUGCAGUGGUAGGUGUGGAGAAAGUAAAUGCCCUGAAUUUUGCCUAGCAACUGAGGUUUGUUGUUGCUUUGGAAAUUCAGUGGGCUCAACUCGCUUCCUGCUGCAAGAUGAACUCAACAUAAGAACAACAAAAUGUGAUAAUUGCAUUAUUGGCUUCAUGUUAGUCCUCGGGUAUCUUGCUUGUCUGUGUAGAAUUUUGGCCCUAGUUACUGGAGACGAUGAAAUUGAGGAUGCUGCUCAUAUUUUAACAUGCAUGUCAGACACGGUCUACUACACGGUUUGUGCUUGUAUGCAGACACAACACAAGAUUGAAUUGGACAAAAGAGAUGGCAUGUUUGGUCCCUCACCAAUGACAAUACCACCCAUGCAGCAGAUGUCGCGGCUUGAUCAGCCUUACGGGCCCACUGUUGGAUAUCCUCCGGCCUACGGGGCCUCACCUUACGGUCAACCACAGCCUCCUCCUCAUCAAGGUUAUCCAGCACCAGCUCCUGGCUUCCCACCACCCUCGGCCUCAGCUUAUCCUCCUCCUGGAGCUUAUCCGCCACCACAACAACCACCUGGAUACUGGAGGUGAUUAUUUUGAAGAAUUAUUAUGUCGUUUCACAUUAAUGAAGCGCGAAAUGAAUUGUCUCUACGAUCGGAUGGAGCAUGCAAUUAUAUAGACCAGAAAUUGAGUAGCAACCAUAUUUUUGCUUGUCCUGAGGUUGUCUAUGUAGAUUUCUCUGUCUCAUGAAAAUAUAUGUAGUAGGCUUUUGUGAUUAACAUAACAUUCUUGUAUAUCCUAGAGCUGAGUUAUUUUUUGGUAUUUGGAUAUUACAUUCGUUGUGACAAUAUGUAAUAUGCUAAUCGAACUGAAAUUUUCCUUUAGAA